AAAACAUAUUUUUGAAGAAGACCAAACAAAAACAUUGUACGCAUAAUGUCUUUCAUAAAAAUGGCAGUUGCAUUCAUUGCUAUUGCUUCGGUAUUCAUCCUCAUCACUGAGUCAAAAGCCAAUCCUCAGAUAGAUAUCAUGGGCGGAUAUGAUUUGAUCGGUAUCUGUAUCAAUAAUUGCGCCCAAUGUAAAAGAAUGUUCGGCGAGUUUUUCGAAGGCCAUCUGUGCGCCGAAGCCUGCAUCCAAUUCAAGGGCAAAAUGGUACCGGACUGUGAAGAUAUCAACUCGAUUGCCCCGUUUCUGACUAAGCUGAACUAACUGCGAUGACCUCCGCCCUGCAGCCGACCAUACCACUACUAUACAAUGGACCUCAUCGCCCAGCUCUCAAGUGAUCUCCCACUGUUCCAGGGCAUUUCCUGCUUGUGACGGUUUGUAUAUUUUGAUUUCACCCAAAAACUGAAAACCGGGAGUAGAAUGCUCCCUUUUAAAAGUUCACAAAUAAAGCUCUAAACUCGAAAAUGAAUUCAAAAUUAUUCUAAUUUCCUUUCACGGGGUUCAACCAGUCAACAAGAAUGGGUCGUUGUUUGCUCAAGCCACCGAUGCGAAAACAAACCAUAUGGCUAGCCUGUCACGAUGACCACCUUACACCUC